AUGGGCGGUUCUCCUCCCUGCGGAAAUUCUGUUCGUUCUGUCAAGGAUUACCGCCGGCAAGUCGCGACUUCGCAAAGUUGGCCAACUAGGUCGCCGAGUCAUCCUCCGAUAACCUUCUCGCCUGAUGACAGUGCAGGGAUUCAUAUCCCCCACAACGACCCUCUUCUUGUCGUUCUUGGAAUUGGGGAGUACGACGUCACUAAAGUUCUCAUUGAUACGUGGAGCUCCGUCGAUCUCAUCUUCCGAGGAACGCUGCAAAAGAUGGGAGUGGAUCUCGACGACAUCAAUGCGUCCUCCAGAACGUUAACUGGCUUGAAUGGAUCUUCUGAAACAAUACUGGGGACAAUCCGCCUUCCGGUGCGCGCAUGCGGAGUUACUCGAAUGGUCAACUUUGCUGUUCGAGGGGAUCAGAAGGCCGCUAGAGAAUUAUUGAUCGCCACCGUCAAGCUCCAGCGUUCUUCUCUACCGGUUAACUCUGUCUCUCCUCUGAUCUCAAAAGUCUGCCCCCAGAAAGAUGAAGUUCUCGAGAUGCCUAUUGACGACAUUGAUCCUAGCCGGACCGCACGAAUCGGCGCAUAUCUAUCUGAGGAUAUGCAUCAGUCAAUUCUCGACUUCCUCAAGAAGAAUGUGUCUACGUUCGCAUGGUCCAUGGCAGACAUGAAAGGGAUUGAUCCAGCUAUAACGACUCACGAGCUUAAUGUCGACCCAACCUUCAAGCCCAUCCGACAAAAGAGACGAAAGCUUGGGCCCAACAUGUCAAAAGCUGUGAACGAAGAGGUCGAACGGUUACUCGGUGCCGGCUCAAUCGCUGAGUUGCGCUAUCCUGAGUGGUUAGCAAACCUGGUAGUUGUCAAAAAGAAGAACGGGAAGUGGCGCGUCUGCGUCGACUUCACUGACUUAAAUAAAGCAUGCCCGAAGGACAGUUAUUCUCUCCCCAAUAUCGACCGUCUGGUCGAGUCUACAGCCGGGAACGAGAUGCUCACGUUCAUGGACGCCUACUUCGGUUACAACCAGACCAUGACGCACCCUGACGAUCGUGAGAAAACGGCUUUUAUCAUAGACAGGGGAACCUACUGCUAUAAGGUCAUGCCAUUCGGCUUAAAGAACGCAUGA